CGAGGUCAACUCGUGUACGAGGACCAACAUUAGGCAAAGGAGUGCAGAAAAAAAUUACUAGGAGAAAGGGGGAGAAGUUACAUGUCUAUGUGAAUCGGGUGUUGAACACAAUCACAAGAGGGAAUGCCACCCCAGCGACGAAUGAGUUGGGCCUUCAAAUCAGACGGUUGUGCCCUCUUCAGUGCGUGAAGUCAUGGAGAAAAAUUGAUCAACCUACCAAAGAUGUGGAUCCAAGCAGUGCUCGACAAGUUUGUUAUCGGCGAUGAUUUUGAUAAUGAUGAACAAGCGCAACAGAUCCUCGAUAGAAAGGCAUAUUUGCUAUAUAAGGAUUGGAGGUACAAUCUAAAGCAAGAGUUCCUCGAACUUGAGGAAAAGGGUGUUGAUGACCCCUAUAGUCAUCCGCCUAGUGGAGUGAGCUUGGAGGACUGGAAAUAUAUGAUUGAUGUUGCUUGGAAAGAUGAAUCUCACUUGAAACGCUCAAGAGCUGGUAAAGCAAAUAGGGGUAUGCUCCCCUAUAAUCAUACAAGUGGAUCGCGGUCAUUUCCUAUAGCAAUGUCGCUUAUGGUGAGAAGUUAAUUUAGUAAUGUAAUGGAUGAUUGAUAUGGUGAAUCUACAAGUAACAGCCACCGAUGCGGGGUUGCCAUUGACCCACGAAGAAAUAUCAAGGCAAGUGCUUGGGGAAAAAAAACAUUACUUGCAUGGAUGUGGGAUAGGCCCACAACCCUCUUCCACAGCUUCUAGUGCGGCACGAGCACAUGAUAAACAUAUGGAGUCAAUGAGAGCGGAAGUGGAGGUUCUUCGUGAGCAGCGUCAAAGUGAUCGUGAGGAGUUGUUGAAGGAGAAAGAGGAGCGUCAAAGAGAUCAGGAGGAGCUAUUGAAGGAGAAAAAGGAGCCGCAAAGAGAUCGGGAGGAGCUAUUGAAGGAGAAAGAGGAGCGGCAAAGAGAUUGGGAGGAAAUUACGAGGGAAAGAGGAGAGCAGCUGAU